ACUUUGUAGCGCCGAAAUCAGGAGCAAGGAGAGCGUUUCGUUCUCAAAUGGAAAUCGGCGGAUUAGACUCUGACGGCCGUACGUUUAGAAACGCGGAGGAGAUGUGGACAGAAGAAUUAGGGCAUGGUGACCCCCACAAGAAGUCCCUUUGGUACAACAAAGGCAUCAAUUACUGGCAAGGUGUGGAAGCCACAGUGGAUGGGGUGCUGGGUGGAUACGGCCAUGUGAAUGCGCCUGAUAUAAAGGCAAGUGAGGAUUUUCUCAACACCAUUUUGGCCGAAAGGUUCCUUGAUGCCCGCCAUCUUGUAGCUCUCGAUUGUGGAUCUGGAAUUGGAAGGGUUACUAAGAAUCUUCUUAUACGAUAUUUCAAUGAGGUCGACCUCCUAGAGCCUGUAUCACAUUUUUUGGAAUCUGCUCGGGUAAAUUUGGCUCCUGAAAAUUUAAUGGUGUCAGAAUUGCACAAAGCUGCCAACUUUUACUGUGUCCCACUUCAGGAAUUUACUCCUGAUGCUGAAAGAUAUGAUAUUAUUUGGGUUCAGUGGUGCAUUGGGCAUCUUGCAGAUGAUGACUUCAUUGCAUUCUUCAAGAGAGCAAAGCUUGGCUUGAAACCUGGUGGACUUUUUGUUCUGAAAGAGAACAUUGCAAGAGCAGGAUUUGUGUUGGACAAAGAAGAUAAGAGCAUCACAAGAUCAGAUUCAUAUUUUAAGGAGCUGUUCAAUCAAUGUGGACUAUACAUUUACAAGAUGAAGGAUCAAAAGGAAUUUCCAGAUGAAUUAUUUGCUGUGAAGAUGUAUGCGUUGACGACUGAGAUGCCAAGGCAAGGUAAUAGAUCUAGACCUAAACGGACAACUAAUAGACCUGCUAUCAUCAGAUGAAUAGUCACAUUGGUCUGUUAAUCAUUGUGUGGUUUAACUUUGGAGGAAGUCAUUCGUAGGCUGUUGUUUAGGUCACAUGUAUUCAAGCUGAUCAAUGUAUGCCUUGUUUAGGUUAUUGCUUUUGAAUUUCAGUUGUAUACAUUGAUAGUGUAAAGAUUUUAUGCCAUAAGUGUACUUUGAACUUA